AUGAAAGCUCUUGUUCUCGACGCAGAAGCGCGCACAGCGAACAUUUCGGAAAACCCGAUCCCUCGACCUGCGCCCAAUGAGCUUCUGAUUAAAGUCGAAAGCGUCUCGCUGAACCCAAUCGACCCACUCUAUGUUGCAAACCCGUUGGGCAAUACGGGACGGACCGUUGGAAGCGACUUUGCCGGCCGGGUAACGGAGGUGGCGUCCCAAGUACCGGCAUCCGCCAACAUGCAGCCUGGUGUUCGCGUCGCUGGUUUCCUACAGGGCGCAUGUAGCGUCAAUGACCGCCCCGGUGCGUUUGCAGAAUAUCUGACUGUUCCUUGGGAUCUAGUGUGGCGCAUUCCUGCUUCUAUUUCCGUUGAUGAAGCGGCAGGUGUGAGCUUAGUCGCCUUGACUGCUGCGCAAGGGAUUUGGUACCGGAUGGGGCUAAAUGCACCCUUCCCAUACGAUCACCGGGCUGUGCUGAAAGAACACCCCGAAUGGCAACAAAGCCACGGCCGCGAUGAAGAUGUGACUGAAACGCUCAACGUGUUCAUCUACAGCGCAUCCACUUCGGUCGGUCUAUACGCGGCGCAAAUGGCAAGAGCUAGUGCAAAGACUGCAGGAAAGAAGAUCAAGCUUUUCGGUACGGCGAGUAAAGCUCGCUGGGACUUUUUGCAAGCCGAACCAUACUUCUACGAUCAUCUCGUCGAGUACCGAGACCCAACUUGGUCAAGCCAGAUCAUGGGACUUUCGGAUGGCGUGGGUAUGCAUUAUGCAUACGACGGACUUUCGGAAGGCGACUCAGUCGCACGUGUCGCAUUGACACUCGCAAAGAAUGGCAAGAUGGCAAUCGUACGAUCGCGCGAAGGCGGUGCAUGGGAGGGAGACAAUCUGCCCAUCGAACCUGUGUAUGGCGCUGUAUGGGAAGGUCUCGGUGAAGAAGUGCAGUAUCAAGGGAUGAUUGUUGCAAAGUCGCCAGCGGCCCGAGACUUCGCAGUUGUAUUCUACAAGUGGUUGAGCGGGGCCAUGGGUUCGGACAUCAAGCCUGUACCGGUUCGUGUGAUGCCUGGAGGGCUAGAGAAAGUGAUCGAGGACGGCUUUGUGUUGCUUGGUGCAGGCGGCAUGGGUGAUCGCCAGAUCAGCCGCGCCGAAGAGUGGAUGAGGCCAGUUAGUGCAGAGAAGCUAGUGUACAGGCUGGAGAAUUCGACCAGACUUUAG